GAAUCUGAUGUGGUCAACUCAAAACAUGCGCACUUCUCAUCUAUAUGGCCGACGUGGAGCCGUCCUCGCCGACUCAGACGGACACCCUGCUGGAGAACACCGCUGCCCCUGUCAGAGGUGGUCGUUCGUCGACCUUGCUGCGCAUUCUCGUCGGCGUUCUCGUCCUGGUGGUCGUGCAACUGACCGCACUCGCCUACCUGUUUGAAGUGGACGUUGCUCUAGUGCACGAUGUGGCGAGGUCUUGGCACAAGCACAUCGUUGGCGCCUUCACCUCCGCUAGCCACGUGAUCUCUAGUUACGAUCCUUCCUCGUGGACCUCCACCAUCGCCGGGUCAGGGAGCCAAUCGUUUGUGCGCGCUGCGGUGCUCUACCUCCCGUCGCACCAGCCCAAGUUCGAACACGAGUUCCGGUGGUUUCGUCGGUCGUGGCUCGAAAUGCAAAAGACCGAGCCGUCGACGUGGCGCACGGACAUUGUCGUGUACAGCGACGGCAACUUGCCCGCCCUCGAAGCGCUCAACUGCAGCGUCACCGUGCGGCGGACGUCCCGGGACGAUGCCAACAUGUGCAUCAUCCACCCCACGUACACGAGCGUGUACUCGGACGCGUUUCCGUACAGGUAUGCCGACUCGGUGAACGUCGUCGGAUUGAACGGGACCGACCUCGACAUGUACGAUUGGGUCCUCCGCACCGACAUCGACACGUUCCUGACCCCAGCGUUUUCCACGUGGAAGCCACCCAUAAUGGUCGUGGGCCAGGGAGCGUACUCUUUUCCGGGCUACACGACCGGCGACCGCCUAGCGUCCAUCAUCUCUUCGCUCAACAUGACCACGAUGACCCUAGACAACGUCGGAUCUACAUGGUACGGCCCCACGUCUCUUAUCCGGACGUGCGCCAACUUGUCUAUGUCCGUGAUGCAAUACUUGUACGCAAACGAGUUCACGGCCGAGGAAAAGAGCCCUGACUAUGGCAUCAAGGGCUGGCCCAAGUGGCACAUCGGCGUCAUGUCCAUGUACGCCGGCCACAUCGCCAUCAACCACUGCACCCGCGAAUUUGGGGUUGCCAAGGACGACUCCAUGCUAGACUUCCCCACCACGUCGUCCGACGCGCCCUCUCGACACGCGCACCUCCAUACGUGGCAGGACAACGAUCGAUUCAGCAAAUUCGCGUUUACCAGCGGCGAGUACGUCCACGAAGACAAGUCCAAGCUCCACCCGGCCGACUCCAUUGUCGACUAUGCCAUGUACAUGGCACUCGACUCACAACCCGUCGACUUCCAUCCUCCUGCUUGAACCUAACACGUGUAUUCUAAAUUCCAUUGUACAACACAUACGCUUGCGUGUGUGAAAAUGAUAUAGUAGCUUACAGUGCUAAUUAAACUCAAAGAUCUAUUAUUGUCGA